GUACGGCCACGCUCGCGGCGGGCGCCACGUGCCAGCCGGUGUGUGCCAGCGGGUACACCGUCUCCGGGACGAGCGCGUGCAGCUCGAGCGGCGUACUGACGCCGGCGACGUGCACCGCGACGCCGGAUCCGACGUCGACGCCGACGUGCGAUGCGUCGGCGGUACCGACGAACGGCGCCAGCGCCGGUGAUUGCACGGCCACGCUCGCGGCGGGCGCCACGUGCCAGCCGGUGUGUGCCAGCGGGUACACCGUCUCCGGGACGAGCGCGUGCAGCUCGAGCGGCGUACUGGCGCCGGCGACGUGCACCGCGACGCCGGAUCCGACACCAGGGGGCGGGUCUGGGUCGUCCGGAUCAUCAUCCAGCGCCGCGAGUCGCGCCGUCUCGCUCUCGGCGUCGCUGGUUUUCGCCACCUUCCUCGGCGGCGCGCUCGCGUGA